AUGGAAAGAGAGACAAUGGAUAACAGCGUAGAAGGCUAUAUCAGUUGCCUUUCCGAUGAUUGCUUGCUUUCUAUAUUUAACAAGCUUGAAAAUGAAUCGGACAGGAAUGCUUUUGGGUUAACUUGUAAGAAUUGGUUCAAGGUUCGAAACAUUGCUCGAAAAUCGCUAAUAUUUCAUUUCUCGUUUAAUGCUAAAGUAUAUGAGGAGCAUGCCCAGUGCCUUCCAAAGAUGUUGGCUUGUUCUCCAUAUCUUAAGUUGAUAUCCCUUGCGGGGCUUAAUGAACUGUCUGAUUCAGCUCUGUACGAAGUGGGAGUUUCUGGAACAUCCUUGGAGUCCCUCUCGUUGUACUCCUGUUCUGGUAUAACAGAUGAUGGUCUAGCACAAGUAUCAGUCAGAUGUCCUAAUUUGGUUAUCGUGGAACUUUACCGCUGCUUAAAUAUCACAGAUUUUGGUUUGGAAAGUCUUUCCCAGGGCUGUCAUUCUUUGAAGAGUCUUAACCUUGGUUACUGCACAGGCAUUUCAGAUCGAGGGAUUAGUUCAAUCCUAAGGAAUUGCCGAAACAUUUGUGCACUCAUCAUAUCACAUUGCAGAGGUGUGUCUGGUGUUGGAUUUAGAGGUUGCCCAAGUACACUUUCUUACCUAGAGGCCGAAUCCUGCAUGCUUUCUCCAGCGGGAAUGCUAGACAUAUCGAGUGGUGGUGGACUCCAGUACAUAAAUCUGUAUAAUUUAAGGAGUUCAGCUGGGCUGGAUUGCCUAGGUGGAGUUGGCAGUAUGAAGAAACUCCGAGUUCUGAAUCUGAGGAUGUGCCGCUAUCUUACUGAUGAUUCUGUGGUGGCAAUAGCUAGUGGGUGCCCGUUGAUCGAGGAGUGGAACCUUGCUGUCUGUCAUGGCGUCCGCUUACCUGGUUGGUCGGCGAUUGGAUCGAACUGCAACAAGCUAAGAAUUCUUCAUGUGAACCGUUGCCGAAACAUAUGCGACCAAGGAUUGCAGGCUCUCAAGGAUGGAUGCAUGCGCCUUGAGGUCCUUCACAUACAUGGCUGUGGCAAGGUUACAACUAAUGGUCUGGCACUAUUUAGCAUUGCUAGGCCCAGUGUGAAGCAAGUGGUGGAUGAAGCAAUGUCCAUUGGCCCCUCAAUUGAGGAUUUAUUCCGAUUGCAGUGAUCGGGAGCUCGGAAAGUUUAGCUAAAAUUUCAAAGUUUUGACUUGAACAAGGUGCCAGCCCUUGUUGUCACUAGUGUGUUUGUCAUUACAGCAAGUGAUUAGUUCAUUGCCGUCACUGUGUGCAUUCUAUUUGUUCCGGUUCAUACUUAUUUGGUUGAUGAUGUAAAGGAUGUUGCAGAUAGAAUCAUAACUAUACAAAUGAACUGUAAGAAGUCAGUUAGGUGCUAUCGUUAUUUGCAUGUCCCA